AAAGAGGGCGACAAACACUAAACACAUGCAGUACUUCAGUACGAAAGGGAAGCUGAGAAUUUAAUAUCGUACUAUUUUUUAACUGUAAAAAGCUUAAAAGUGGUAAAUUUGGGGUUGAUAGUUUCUUGAUGGGUGCUCCAGGAAAUCAGCAGAGCAAUGUCUUGCUUGUUCGUCACCUUCCAAAUGAACUUUCUGCCUCCGAAAAACAGAGUCUCUUACAACAUUUUGGAGCAACUAGUGUGAAGUGCAUGGCCAAUAGAGGGCGUUUGAAACAUGCUGCAUUUGCAACCUUUAGUGACGAAGAGUCAGCAGCUAAGGCUCUAGGUAGACUGCAUCAAUUGAAGGUUAUGGGACAUACACUGGUGGUAGAGUUUGCCAGGACACAACAACAGAAGGACAUGGCUGCUGGGCCUACAAUUGAAAUUCCAAAAACCACUGAUGAUGAACCCCAAAGGCAAGAAAAAAACAAAAAGGAUGCUGAACAAAUUGCAAAAGAGAAGAGUAGAAAACUGAAGGGACAGAUAAUGAGUGCAGCCAGUAGCUUAGGAAGAGCUUUAAGGCUAUCAGUCAGCAGUGUAGACCGGCCUAAAGCUAAGAAAAUGAAGCUGCAAGCACCCUCUGCUGGCAUUUUGAAGUCCUUAACUGGUUCCAGUGCUGCUGUAGCCAAGCCUAAAGAUGUCUUUGAUCAACAGCUGCAAACUGGCAUUAAGAAACUUGAGAUGAAACUUCCGCAAACCUUGUCUGAUAUACUGGAAGCUCAUGCAAAUAAACCAGAAACUGUGCAGGCACCUGGAGAUGAUAAGACAUCUGUGGGGUUUGGAGUGCUGCAGGCUCCGGCAAAACAACCAGAAGGCAAGCAGUCAGAGGAUGAAUCAAGUGAUGAAGAUGAGGAUGAAGAUGAUGAAAUCAAAGAAUUUAUCACCUCCAGGCAACUGAGGAAGAACAGAGUAUCAUCUAAAGAGAUGGAAAGUAUGUCAGUGUUUAAGAGGUACAACCCAGGAGAGCCUACUACAAGGCUGUACAUCAAGAACCUCAGCAAGCAGUGCGAACAAAAGGACUUGAAGUUUAUCUACGGACGAUAUGUUGACUGGGAAUCCAAAAUGGAUCAGGACAUGUUUUCAAUUCAGUUGAUGACACAAGGACGGAUGAAAGGCCAGGCUUUUGUGAGCUUACCAAGUGAAUUUGCAGCAAAAAAAGCGCUCCGAGACACCAACGGCUACUUACUACAGAGUAAACCGAUGGUGGUGCAAUUUGCAAGAUCUUCAAAGCCAAAAGAACAAGCACCUAACAAAAACAGCUGAGGAAGCUAACAGAAUGCAAGAAAAUGCGAUUAUGAUCUUCCCGUAUAUAGAUUGAUGGAACUAAUAGAUUCUCUGACAUUUUCCACUUCAUUCGUUGCAGAUAAACUUACAUCAUUACAUUACGAUCGUAUGUUAUCAAUUCUAUUGCUCAGUUGUGGCUGAUUACGUAUGAUGACGUUGAUGAGUUAACAACAACCGAAGGACAAGACAAUUUAAUUUUAUUUAACUGGUAUUGUAAUUAUAUGCAACCGGAGAAUGUCAUUAAAUGUUGGUUGUUGGACAUGUAAUUGAGUACAUUUCAACACCAAGAUGCUUUUUAAUGAUUAUAAUAUAUGGUGAACUGACAUAUUAAAUAUUGAGCAUAUAUGAAGGCAAAUAAGAAUAAGCCCUGCAAUACAACUUGACGCAGGAAGGGAAGCUCUAGACAUAUCAUGUGGAAUGGAGUUCUGGCCUAGUGGUCAAAAUGUCUGCCUUCCAAUGUCCAUUUCCUUACCGGAUUAACACAAGACAGAAUAUUAUAAUGGAUAUUGGAUAAAUGUUACACUUACCAUACCAAAAUCACCAACUUCACA